UCGCUAACAGUGUUACGUUUGCUUAACAUUAUGUCAUAGAUCAUCCACAUUCCAUAUUUGUUCUCUGGUUUCCUUGUCAUCGGGUUUCGGUUAACGUUUCUUAUGGGAGCCCGCGGAGGUGAUGAGUGCUUCCUGUUACUUCACAUAAGGAGGCAUGAUGAUGCCAGUUGCCCCUGUAAAGGUGAUGCUGACUUUAGUCACCUGGUAGGUUGGUGUCUCUGAAGGCUGCUUUUGUUUUAAGGCAGAGAACUUUGGAAGGAACUUUUCAAUGACUUUUAGGAAUAACUGACAGCCAUGUUGGAAAAGAGACAGUUUCUCUGUCAGUUGCACCUGCUAUUGAGAAACAUCUUGGUGUAGUCAGAAAACCCCUGAGAGCCAGGAAACUGGCACUGGGAACCCAGCUCUACAGCCAUCUCUCCCCAUGACUGUAGACAAGUUAUGUCAUCUCUCUGGGCUGGGCGAUUGUACUUAUAAGCAAAUCGUCACUCAGAGAAAUGAAGCAGUUUGCCCAAGGCCACUCAGCUAGUGAGCGGCAGAGCUGGGGUUCAGACUCAGCUCUAGCUGGGACAAAGCCCUGCCCUUGCCCUCACCCCAGUCCGCCUUGUCUGGGGUGGCUGGUCACUGUUAGGGUGGCACCAGGCACUAGUGCUCAGAAGCAAAAGAACACCAGCACCUGGAGGAUGUGGGGAAAGAGGGAAGAGGAGGUGCCUGUCCCACCUGGGCUCUCCGCACGUGGCAGGUGGCUCCAUAGGAAGGUCAGCGGGCUGUCGGGCACUCCUCCGCCACCCUUGGAAUAAACGCUUUCGCACAGGUGUGACAGAGGCUGACAGGAACUGCCCUGUAGAGGUCCAUCUGUGUUCAGACCCAGAAGAUGCCAGAGCUAUGACCGGGCCUGCAGGUGUGGUGCCGAGGGGAAAUCAGCCAUGGAGCAGCCACCGGAGGAAGCCCCUGAGGUCCGGGAAGAGGAGGAGAAAAAGGAAGUGGCAAGGGCAGAAGGAGCCCCAGAACUCAAUGGGGGACCAGGGCACUCACUUCCUUCCAGCAGCUAUACAGACCUCUCCCGGAGCUGCUCUCCACCCUCGCUGCUGGACCAGCUGCAGAUGGGCUGCGAUGGGACCUCGUGUGGCAGCCUCAACAUGGAGUGCCGGGUGUGCGGGGACAAGGCAUCAGGCUUCCACUACGGUGUUCACGCGUGCGAGGGGUGCAAGGGCUUCUUCCGUCGAACAAUCCGCAUGAAGCUGGAAUACGAGAAGUGUGAGCGGAUCUGCAAGAUCCAGAAGAAGAACCGCAACAAGUGCCAGUACUGCCGCUUCCAGAAAUGCCUGGCACUGGGCAUGUCGCACAACGCCAUCCGCUUUGGCCGGAUGCCAGAGGCUGAGAAGAGGAAACUGGUGGCAGGGCUGACGGCAAACGAGGGGAGUCAACACAACCCCCAGGUGGCUGACCUGAGGGCCUUCUCCAAGCACAUCUACAGUGCCUACCUGAAAAACUUCAACAUGACCAAAAAGAAGGCCCGUGGCAUCCUCACCGGCAAGGCCAGCCACACGGCGCCCUUUGUGAUCCACGACAUCGAGACAUUGUGGCAGGCAGAGAAGGGCCUGGUGUGGAAGCAGCUGGUGAACGGUCUGCCCCCCUACAAGGAGAUCAGCGUGCACGUCUUCUACCGCUGCCAGUGCACCACGGUGGAGACCGUGCGUGAGCUCACCGAGUUCGCCAAGAGCAUCCCCAGCUUCAGCGACCUCUUCCUCAACGACCAGGUGACCCUUCUCAAGUAUGGUGUGCACGAGGCCAUCUUUGCCAUGCUGGCCUCCAUCGUCAAUAAGGACGGGCUUCUGGUGGCCAACGGCACUGGUUUUGUCACCCGUGAGUUCCUGCGCAGCCUCCGAAAGCCCUUCAGUGACAUCAUCGAGCCCAAGUUCGAGUUUGCUGUCAAGUUCAAUGCCCUGGAACUUGAUGACAGUGACCUGGCUCUCUUCAUCGCGGCUAUCAUUCUGUGCGGAGAUCGGCCAGGCCUCAUGAACGUGUCACAGGUAGAGGCCAUCCAGGACACCAUCCUGCGCGCCCUCGAGUUCCACCUGCAGGCCAACCACCCUGACGCCCAGUACCUCUUCCCCAAACUGCUGCAGAAGAUGGCUGACCUGCGGCAGCUGGUCACCGAGCACGCCCAGAUGAUGCAGCGGAUCAAGAAGACAGAGACCGAGACCUCGCUGCACCCCCUGCUCCAGGAGAUCUACAAGGACAUGUACUGAGGGCUUCUCUGUCGACCAGCCGCUGAGCACUGGGCCUGGUGGCCGAGGGGGAAUCACACACAGUCGGCCCACCUCCCUCUCCUUUCCCCGGCUCCCUCCCUUCUCAGCUCCUCUGUCUUCUCUCAUUUCUUUGUUCUUUUUCUUCCUUCCUCUCUCACCCUCCCUUUCUCUUUCCCCAUCUCCGUGUCUGUCCCUCUUCCUCUUCCUGUGAGGCAGUUUGUGUUAUUUCACCAGCAGCACAGAACAGCACCUCUGCUUCCCCACCACCACCACCACCACCCCCCCCACCCCCCCCCCCCGCACCCCGCAGCAGGAGGGGCCGGGCCUGCCCUCUGCACCAACAGUCCCCUUCUCCCGUCUUCAAUCUUCACAGCAAAGGGCUCGAGCCAUCCAAAGAAACACUAAGCUCUCUGGGCCUGGCUUCCCAGGGAAGGUAAGCAGGGCCAGGGCUGAGUGCAGAGCGGCCCCUGGUCACCGGGUCCCUGGCGGAGGAUGCCUCCCCCAGCAGGCGGCCCGGCCGGGGCUUUAGCUUGGCUCCCAGCAGGCAGCACACACCUCAGCCCUGCUGAGCCGCCGCCCUUCCCUUCUUUUCACCGGUCUCGCAGGCCAGUGUCACUGAUGGCCCCCGCGCUGGCCGCUGGGGGACACGCGCCCAGCCUGGAUAGAGGUGGGGGUCCCUACACCCCCACUGACGAGGAGCGAGCUUAAAGAGAGGCGGAGGGAGGUAGGGGAGAUGGCGAGCCGGAGACUUGCUUCUGAGCCCAGGCCUGGGGCGGGUCCCCCAUCAGCACCCCACUCUGUCUGCCUCUCUGCAGCAGCCACCGACUCCUGCCUACAGGUGUCGGCACCGCGCUCCCCCAGGCAGCGCCAGGGCCUGGCCUCACAAGCGCCCCUCCUUUCUCUGGCCUCCCGGAGACACUGGCAGUGGCUCCAGCCCAGCUGAAACUCACUCCCCACACACACUCCCUCCAGCCCACACACCACAAGCACUGAAAUCACUUUACCUGCAGGUUCCACACCUCUCACCCUCCCCUCCCUGAGGCAGGCGAGUGCCCAGAGGGGCCUGCAGGUGGACGGGCAGAGCUGUGCCCCUGUUCCCGAGGCUAGGCCAGAUCCCUUGGUGGGCACGGGGUCCUGUGGACCCAGCCCAGCACCUGCUUACAGGGGAGGUACUGGGGAUAAACUGAUCCUUCUCGUUUGUGACACCCUCUGUCCCAACAACUCUGCUGCCCUCCCCUUUUCCUUGUAUUUGGCCCAGCUGGUCACCUGGAACUCUCCCUGUACUGCCUCUGGUGACCAAGGACCUUGCUAGGCCCAGUCCCACUCGUGGCCCCGCCCCUCCCCCUCAUCCCCAUUGAUAAGCACUCACCCCAGAGGAGGGGCAGAAGCACAGCUUGGAGCGCUGCCGUCAGAGCAGAGGACAGAGAGCCUACCCAGGCUGCUUCUCCAGGGAGGAAACAGGUCUGGAGGAGUGAGGGGCUGGCUGGUGUCUCUGAGAAAGGUGGCAGGACAUGUGGGGUUAGAGCCCAGGCUUCCUGGGUCCUGUCUGGUCUUCCUUUUGGAGGGGCCUUUCCAUGCCUGAGGAUCACUCUCUACUGGCAAGAUUCUCCCCUCCCCUCCCCUCCCCCGCCAUGCACCCCAUCCUCAUCCCCCUCCCCAGUUCUGGUACUGAGGAUACAGCUCUUCUCAGUGUCUGAACAAUCUCUAAAAUUGAAAUGUAUAUUUUUGCUAGGAGCCCCAGCUUCCUGUGUUUUUAAUAUAAAUAGUGUAUACAGACUGAUGGAACUUUAAAUAAAUGGGAAUUAAAUAUUUAAGAGUUGAUUUAAGCUAA